AUGGAUUUUGAUUACACGGAUGAGCUAUUGUUAGGACGGAGUUGGUUAGAUGGAUCUGAAUUUUCACAUUUCAAUGCUUCUACUCCCAGUGGUCCGUUCGACCCUUCGUUCGUAUGGUCUAAUGAGGAAGAGAGGCAAAGAUCAACUUUUCAUGACAACCGGUUCGUUAGUCAAUCCCAAGGAACAAAAAAUUCUGCAAAAUCUCAUUCCCUUGUUGGGGAUACUGUUAAUGAUGGAGGUUCUUUAGGUCAAUCAGAUUGUUUUUCGGUUGAACGUUCUGAACCGAGCAAAAGGUGGAUUGGACAAAGGGCCUCAAUAUCGGUAAUAGAACGUUUGGUUUGGGCGCUUGGGUACAUAAAAGAUUACUCGAGAGAUAAGGAUGUACUUAUUCAAGUAUGGGUGCCGGUUAACAAAGGUGGCCGGCGAGUGUUGACGACGAAUGAUCAACCUUUCUCUCUUGACCUUAAUUGCCCAAGGCUUGUCCAUUAUAGGGAGAUUUCUGUGAAUUACCAUUUCCCUGUUGAGGAGGCUUGUAAAGGGAUGCUGGGAUUGCCUGGAAGGGUAUUUUUGGGUAAGGUUCCCGAGUGGAGUCCUGAUGUUCGAUUCUUUACAAGGGACGAAUACCUACGAGUUGGACAUGCACAACAAUAUGAUGUUCGUGGAACAUUUGCCGUUCCAGUUCUUGAACAGGGUAGUCGCAAUUGCUUGGGGGUUAUUGAAGUGAUCAUGACCAAGGAAAAGAUGAUGUAUAGUGCAGAGCUUGAAAGUGUAUGCAAAGCUCUAGAGGCUGUUGAUCUCAGGAGUUCUGAUGUUUCAAGUGUGCAGAACAUCAAGACAUGUGAUUUAUCUUAUCAAGCAGCAUUACCCGAAAUCUUGGAGGUUUUGAGAUCUGCUUGUGAAACACAUAGAUUGCCGUUGGCUCAGACAUGGGUCUCAUGUGUCCUACAAGGCAAAUGGGGGAGUCGGCACUCAGACGAUAACUUGCUCCAUUGUGUUUCCACUGUAGAUUCUGCUUGCUACAUAGCGGAUCCCGGUGCUUGGGAUUUUUUCGAAGCUUGCUCCGAGCACCACUUGUUAAAAGGUCAAGGCAUUGUCGGUACAGCAUUUACGACUAAUCAACCUUGUUUCUCACCUGAUGUAACUUCUUAUAGUAAGACUGUGUAUCCUCUGUCUCAUCAUGCAAAGAUGUUUGGACUAUGUGCUGCUGUUGCUAUACGUCUUCGGAGUAUCUGUACUGGUUCGGUUGACUUUGUUUUGGAGUUCUUUUUGCCUAAGGAUUGUAGGGAUCCUGAAGGACAAAAGGGAAUACUCACUUUGUUGUCGAAUGUUAUACAAAAAGUUUGCCGCACGUUACGAGUUGUUACAGAAGAAGAGUUGAAGGACGAAUCUAUUUCUCCAAUUUGUGAAGUUGCAAAUCCUCCAGUAACUAGAUCUUGCGAAGAAGCUCCACAGGUGGACCAAAUGCAUUCUUUGAGGCCCUCUCAUAAUAUAAUAUCCUGGAAUGGAAAACCAAGAGAGAUCAUAGCUGAAAUAUCGUCACAGUUCAGACGAGAUCAACCGGAUUCUAGUUCAAGAGUGGGUUUUGCCUUUGAUGAUAGCUCACCGAGCAGAAGUAAACCUGGAAAGAGAAGACAAAAAAAAGCUGAGAAAGCUAUUACGUUGCAAGUUCUACGGCAAUACUUCGCUGGGAGCCUGAAUGAUGCUGCAAAAAGUAUUGGUGUUUGUCCGACCACUUUGAAGAGGAUAUGCAGGCAUCAUGGAAUAAUGGGUUGGCCUUCUCGACAGAUCAAGAAGGUCGGUCACUCCCUAGAAAAGAUCCAACGUGUGAUAGACUCGGUACCAGGUGGCUCUGCUUUGCAAAUUGAAUCCUUUUACUCCAAUUUUCCUGAACUGGCAUCUCCAAACGUAUUGAAGACAGCCCAGCUUGCAAAUUCAAAUUCCACUGAUUGUACAAAGCCAUUAGGCAGGCAGUCUGAAAAUGACAUUUUUAGCUCCAUGGCUGCCGCAUCAAAGUCACCUUCCACUUCCUGCUGUCAGAAUUCGAGCUCAAGUCAAUGUUAUUCUAAUGUUUUUGGUUCGAUAGUUCAGGAAGAAUCUAUCAACGGCCUGCUAAAACACUCUAGAAGCGGCGGAAAGCGUCAUUUAUCAAGUGAUGUAACGAACUUUGGUGAGCCUCCUAAUCAAGAAAGUUGCCCACCUGCAUUGAUAGACAGUGGUCGACAAUCUGAAGAUGGAGACAAUCACAGACUAAAAGUGACUUACGGGAAAGAGAAAAUCAGGUUCCGCUUGCAAAAUAAGUGGGGAUACAAAAAUUUACUGCACGAAAUUGCAAUGCGGUUUGGUAUAGAUGACACUAGCGGUUUUCAUCUCAAAUACUUGGAUGAUGACUUCGAAUGGAUAUUAUUAACAUGUGAUGCUGAUCUGGAGGAGUGUAUUGAUGUUUACCGAUCAACUCAGAGCCAAAAAAUUAAGCUCUCUUUGCUUCGUGAUUCCCAACUGCACGUUGGGAGCUCAUAUGGUAGCAGCAGCCUUCUGUGA